CCUCAAUUUAACUACAUGGCCCCAAAGGAGGAAGCAUAUUUCAAAAUGCAAGGACCAGAAGACUUGCCAGCGUCAAAGAUGAAGGAAGCAACAAACAGACAGAAAGACAAGGAGAGGAAGAGUCGACUAAGCCUUUUCCUCACCAAGUCUGGCUCUCAUGAAAACGUCAGUCCCCAUAAAAAGACAAAUACGGAGUCCAGCAACAUCUCACCGGAGGCGGCUUUGCAAUGGAGUGACUCCUUUGAAGAACUGCUAAAGCACUCAGACGGAAUGCGAACCUUCGCCGAGUUCCUCAGGACGGAGUUCAGUGAAGAAAACAUCGAGUUCUGGUUGGCCUGUGAAGACUACAAGAACAUUGAUUCGGAGACAAAGCUGCUGUCCACGGCCAAAUAUAUUUAUACAGUGUUUAUCGACGCCAAUGCCCCCAAAGAGGUCAACAUAGACUACAGCACCAAAACGUCCAUAGAGAGGGACAUGGUCCGUCCGACGAAGACCUGCUUCGAAGCUGCUCAACUGAAAGUCUACAACCUGAUGAAAAAGGACUCUUACCCUCGAUUCCUCCACUCUGACAUUUAUCUGCACCUCACCAGGCGGAAAGGCCCCGGGACUACCAUGUUCCGCAGGAGGUCACGCUCCUGUGUGUUCAAUGACCGGGGCGAGGCCUCGAGCAAUCCCUCGGCCUGGUAGGUGUUGCACAACACACCGCAGAUGCGCGUCGACGUGAUUUCGGCUGCGUAAAAAAAUGCAAUACGUGGAGCAGAUUUUAACAGCAAAUUAUAGCGAGAGUUUGAUUUUUUUUUUUUUUUUUGACGUAAUGUGAAAACUGUUUGAGAAGUACUGCAUUAAAACUGACUAAGAAUUGCAAACUUACAAACUUUAAAACGCGUAGCAUAUUAGUCGCUUUUCACAGUUAGUAAGUAAGUAAUCCUCCUGGAACCAGUUUUCACACUGAAACAACGUAGCUUUUUUUUUUUUUUUUUUUUACAUACUAACAUUCCGUAAUAGUAAUAAUGAUGAUUUGCUGUCGGCCGCCAUCUUGUAUAAUUUAUGUAGUGUAUUAUUUCAAUCAGACUGCGUGUGUUGCCUUGCGGUUCAUGCUGUACAUACUAUAAUAAAUGGACUCAUAGAAACCCGC